AUGAGUCGUGUCUUGGGUAUUGGUACAGAUAUAGUCUACCUUCCACGAUUUGCAAGGCUAAUAUCUAAAUAUGGUAAAAACUCUUCUUCUGCGUCGCUGACUAAGUUAACAAGCAAGUUCAUGAGUGAACAUGAGCAGAAAAAGGUACUUGGAAUGAUGGUAAAGGGCCAUUCCACAGGAAAUAACGAUUCGAUUGUACGAUAUGCUGCUGGAAUCUGGGCAGCAAAGGAAGCCACUUACAAAGCAUUAUGUUCUUAUGUACCAGCUGCUGCAAUGCCUCCAGCUAAGACAAUAUAUACAAAGCUAUUGAAUAAGACGAACUCGGAAACAGGAACGCCAAUGUUAGAGCUUAGUAGUGACUUCAUUGAGAUACACCCUGAGUAUUCUGUAUUUUAUAAAUCUUACAUUCAAGAACAUUGUAAAGUUUUUAUUUCCAUUUCUCAUGAUCAUGAUUAUCUAAUCUCGUAUGUCCAAAUCACAAAUUAA